ACGCAGGCACACAUGUGCACACACACGCACACACAUCUUUCCCUGAUGGUUCCCGUCUCCCCAGGCCGGCUGCAGCCCUCACUUUGCCACGUGCUCCUCUGCCCCCCUGACUUGCCAUGGCAGCAGGGUGGUACCCAUCCAGCCUUCUGUUCUAACCUUCCUCGCAGCCUGUUGUGUUCACAUAACACCACACGAGCAAUUUUCUUUUUGCCCCCACAAUCCCUUCCAUUUCUCUGAAGGUGUGUCUCACCCUUGGAGGACGUGAUGGUGUUGGUGUCGAGCUCAAUGCAGGCUCCCAAAUUACUCCUAAAAAUACCUCACCCUGAAGCGAUGUCUGAGGCAUCACUUACUUCCUCCCCCUCCAAGACCUGGAGCUGGGCAGGCUGAGCAUGGUGGACCUUGCACAGGCUGCUGUGCUCUUGAGCACUGGGCACCAGGCAUCACCUCACAACGCUGCCAGGAUUGAGCCUACCCAUCAGAGAAGCUUGUGUGGGGAUCCAGAGGUCCUCCUUCCCCCUAAUAACAAGACACCCAGGGUUCAGUUCCCCCCUCCACCCAGGAGGACUUCAAGGCCACAUCUUCCAUGAGGCCACACGCUUGACAAGGGAAGGAGAGAAUGGUUUCUACCACUGGUCUCAAAGCUCAGGCGUUGUCUCAGUCUCCAUGCUGACUCUGGGCAGCUCCUUCCUCCACAGCCCCAUCCCUCUGGAUACCUUUUGGUGGUGCCUGGCUGGCCCACUCACGUACACAGGCCCCAAGCACCGACCCAGUGCUGCGAGAGGAGGAACCAUGAUGUUCAAGGUAAGCAAAGUCCUGAUGCCAGAAGCCGCUAGCUGCACAGUUGCAACCUAUCCAGCCUGACGGGACCUUUGUUUUCCAAGAUGACUUUUGAUCAGCCACCUGAAAGCCCCUACUGAUGCUGUGGCUGGUGGGGUGUGACACCGCAGGGUAACGCCGGGGCAACGGGUGCAUUGUGAGCUCUGUGAGCAUCCUUCACAUGCCCAGAGACACCAACAUGCAGCGCCUCGCAAGUCCGCUCCUCAGGCAUGUAAUUCGCAGGAGCUGCUGUGAUGCUGCUUCAAAGAGGCAGUGCCUGCAGUAUUUAAGAGCUCUGAGGACACUGCAGCUUAACAGUUUCAACACCGUUUUUUUAGGGGAAACAGAUAUUCCAGAAAGUCUUAUAACAGGAGAAAAAGUAGCCGAGGAGGCCAGCCUGCGCUGGCCAGUAUGGACACUUGUCCACGCUGGCAGCAGCCAAGGGUGGGUGCCCUGGAGGUACAAACUGCUCUUAAGAGGUGAUCUGCCCACCCAUCAGCAGAACGGUAUUUUUCAGGAGCUGUGUGAUUCUCUGACCACCUCUUAUGGGAAGUGCGUAAUUGUGACCAGGGACAAAAGGCAGCCGAGGCAUAUGGGGGCAAAAGACGGCAAGGAGCUGGAGACAGGAACGGAGACAGGAACUCUGACGCCAGUCCCACCAGUGAUCUACAUGUCCAGUAUUGAGUGUUGCCCUGAAGUUGCUAGAGCCAAUGGCCAUGAGCUUCUUGUUGUGCCUGCGUCUUACAACUAUCUCUAUCCUAUGGAUGUCGCCUGGUCUUCUUUGAAAUGGUUUAUUAUAAACAACAGAAAGGACUUUGCCCUGAAGUCUCUUGAGAAGACCCACUCCUAUAGGUGUAUCCUCUUCAGUGACUUGAUUGUUAAAGGAAUAGAGAAGAUGACCCCAAACAAAUGGAAGGUAGUGAUUAACAGGGUGAAGAGAUGGGAGAACUACUACCUUGAUGCACUUUCUUAA